AGCAGCCCUGCAGGGGCCCAGCCCCUCCCCCAGCCCCCAGAAGUAGGAACAGAACAAUCCAAAGUUCCGUGUUCCUAUGUGGUUGGGGAGGACGCACUGAGGCCCCAUACCCUGGUCAGCGCGGAGCCAGCAACCAGCAGCCCCUGUGCUGCCCCAUCUGCCUCUCCUGCUAGUCCAGAGAUUUGGGCCAAGUGGACAAUGGGUUCGCGGUGUGCCAAGCUCAGCACGGGCCACGGCGCAGGCCACGGCCGGGGCCAUGAAUCCUCCAUGAAGAAGCUCGUGGCCUGCGUGAGUCAAGAUAACUUCUCCCUGUCCUCGGAGGGUGAAGAAGAGGAGGAGGAGGAGGAAGGGGAGGAGGAAGAAGGGGAAGAGGAAGAAGAGGCACUGCCGGUGCAGGGCAAGCUGUUACUGAUGAAGCCGGAGCAGCAGGAGCAGGGCGCUGAAGACAGCUCCGUGGCCCAGCAGAGCCCCAAGACCAAGCAGACACACUCCUGACCCGCAGGCAGCGAUGCCAGCCCCGCGGGGUUAUUCUAGCGAGAACUUUCACAAGAGUCAAUAAAAGUCUCCAGAGAA